AUGUCCCACCCGGCUCAGCUCCAGCACCACCACCGCCGCCCGCCCGCCCAGCCCGCUUAUGUGCUCCGCGGCCAUGCCGCCCACGUCCACGCCGUGCGCUUCCUGCGCCACAACUCGCGCCUGCUGACGGGCGAUGCUGACGGCUGGGUCGUGCUCUGGAAUGUCGCGACCAAGCGUGCCGUCGCCGUCUGGCGCGCCCACGACGGCGCCAUUCUCGGCUUCGGCACUUGGGCUGAAGACGGGCUCGUCACGCAUGGACGCGACUUCCAUCUUCGCGUCUGGCAACUUGGCCCUGCACACGAGCAAGACUUCUCGACUGUGCUGCCCGUUGACGACACAGCCGCAGACCGCAAGCAGCCAUGGCUACUGCAUUCUCUCCCCGUCAACACCCUGAAUUUCUGCUCCUUUGCCAUCUGCCCUGAGCAACCCACCUCAUCUGAUGCGUCCACUCGGAGCGCCGACACCGUCCUUAUCGCUGUGCCGAGCACGAAAGAUGAUCAAGUAGACGUCUUUCAGCUCCCCACCGAACGCCGUGUGAACACAGUGCCAAAUAUCGGUCAAAAAACAGGCAUGGUCAUGUCCAUCUCCCUUCUGCACAGUCCGUCUCCCUCUGGACCACUGCAUUGCAUCACCGGCUACGAAAGCGGCGCCGCCGCCAUCCACGCAUUCUCCGCCAGCACCAACACCUGGUCCCGCAUCUACACUAGCCACCCACACGCCCAGCCCAUCCUGUCCCUCUCCUCGGCGCCGUCGCCUUCUUCCUCCCCCCCGCAGCAACUGUCAACCCCUCUCACCUUCUACACCUCCUCCGCCGACGACCUCAUCGCCAAGCACACCGCCACAACCGCCCUACCCGUCAACCCUUCUCCUCCCCCCUCUACCACCACUCCGCCAUCAAAUCCCCCAUCCCUCCUCUCCACCCUCCUUUCCUCCCAACAACCUCCAUCCUCUCCCUCCCAGCCCCAACCACAUUCGCCUCCCGCACCCGUUCCUCCCGCCAAAACGAACCACACCAAACACUCCGGCCAACAAUCCCUCACCGUCCGCUCCGACGGCCGCGUUCUCGCAACGGCCGGCUGGGACGGGCGCGUGCGCGUGUAUGCUGCUGGCAGUUUGAAGGAAGUCGCGGUGCUGGCGUGGCACAAGGAGGGGUGUUAUGCCGUGGCGUUUGCGGAUGUGGACGCGGGGGCCGCAGCAGCGGAUCGGAGCGUGGGUGGGGGAGAGGGAGGAGAUGAAGACCCGGGGAGGGAAGAUGUCGGUGCGCUGAUUGAGGGGGGAGUAGAAGGGGAGGGGACGGCGAGACGGGCCGCCGCUAGGAAGUCGACGACGGUGCGGUCGAGGAGGGAAGAGAGGGCUGCGGCGGUGCAUUGGCUGGCGGCUGGCUCGAAAGAUGGAAAGGUUAGCCUGUGGGAGGUGUUUUGA